AUGUCUCGCAAUAACUUCUUCCAGCCGCCUUGGACGUACGAUUCGUCGCUCGCAGAUCUGUUCACACUCGUGGAGGCCGUCUAUGACUACAACCUCCCUUUACAACUGCCCAGUCCGGAACGCACUUUGGUAGCCAAACGGCAGCAGCAUCUUCACCGUGUCCUGUCAGAUCAGCAGACAUUUUACAGCUAUCAUAGGCAUUUUAUGAUUGGCCCCAGCUUCUCCGACAGCUUUCGCGGCGCGAUAACGGUCGUUUUCGCCCGUUCGGGCGGUGUUCUCCUGGACGCUUACCUGGCUGCCCUGGCCCUGUGGGAUGCCCAGCACAAUAGAAUGAGACCUUUUGACGAAGUGAAUCCUCGCGAAGGAUCUAACUGUCUCAAGCAGUUGCAAGCUGCCGCCAUCGUCGAUGCACACGAUGCUGCCGCCGUUAUCAUGCUCGGGCAGGUCUUAGUCGUCUACCAUAUUAACCUCUUGGGCACAUCCGCACAUGCCAUCCUUCGGCAAUCACUUCUUUUGGUCAAAGACUGGUUUCCCUCGCUGCUCUCUCAGCCCUGUCUAUACCCUAUCACAGUUACUUCAAUACUUGUCGACACGGUCGAGUGCCUCGUAAAGCGAGAAAUACCUGUCAUCCAGCCCCCACGCAGCGACUGGUAUACGGUGGAUAGGACUUUCGGACUCUGCAGUGGUCUCAUCUACAUUCUCUAUGAGCUCUGCACGUUAAGCCACGAGGCUAAGAAGUCGGCUUGUGCAGGGUCAGUCUUAUCUGAUAAUCCUAUGCAUCUCCGCCCCAGGAAUUUCAGGAAUCAACUGGCCGACAUUGAGCGACGAGUGCGUGAGUGGGAGCCGGCACCGCCUACCACUUUCUUCAGCCAAUUUACUCGGCUAGAAGUAUCGGCCAUGAUGCUACAAGCUCGGGUAUACCGUCUGGCGACUCUCCUUAUCAUUCAUCGCCUCCAAUAUCCGCUCGGCGUUGAAGACGACACUGCACUACGACUGGCAUUGAAAAUCACAGUCGAGCUGGAGUGCUUCAUCCAGUGGGUUCCGGUGGAAAUGAAGAGACUCCCAAUAGGGUUACCUCUCUUAGUCAGUUCUCUCGAAAUCGACUCUCUUAGUGAGCGGGUAAUCAAGUAUGUGUCCCCAGUGACCGCCGGAGAGUUGGGAUAUGGAACGAAACUCAAAGGUUUCGCAAGUCUUGUAAAGGCGGCGCGAGACAAUGGCUAUUGUGGUCUGUGGUUUGACCUAGUUGAGGGUGGGCUCCACAUACCAGUGCUCCCUUAG